AUGAUGAGAAUCAUAUCCAAGAAAAUUUGCUGUGUGUCUACGAAUGGAAAAGCUUUCAACAAUACCGUCACCUACGUAUUUGACUUUGGGUUUCCUCAAAUCAAAUUUGAUAAUGAGUCCGUUUCCCACCUUAUUGAAGGUCUCCCCUUUCUGUAUAAUCCAGAGUACAGAAUACACGAGUACGAGUUAGUCAAGUUCGAUCUUGAGCACGAGUUUCUCAACCUUGAUGGAGAAGACGUUGUUCUUACCUUGAGACCUAACAAUCUCAAAUUUGGGCUCUAUGAUGAAUAUGCCAAUGGAGCCUUGAUGGCGAGAACAAGAGAGUUUUGGCUAGGCUCUAAGAGAAUCAAAUUGGGGUAUUCUUGGUAA